AUGAAGCUCUUUCUCUCCCUCCUACUCCCCGUCGCCAUCUCCCUCCUCCCCGACGCCUCCGCAGAACACACCUCCAACUGGGCCGUCCUCGUGGGAACUUCACGCUUCUGGUUCAACUACCGCCAUCUCGCCAAUGUCCUCUCUCUCUACCGCACAGUGAAGCGCCUGGGCAUCCCGGACUCCCAGAUCAUCCUCAUGCUUCCCGAUGACAUGGCCUGCAACCCUCGCAACGCGUUCCCGGGAACCGUAUACUCUAAUUCCGACCGCGCCGUCGAUCUCUACGGCACCAACAUCGAGGUGGACUACCGUGGCUACGAAGUGACGGUCGAGAACUUCAUCCGCCUGCUCACCGACCGCGUGGGCGACGAGAUGCCGCGCAGCAAGCGCCUGCUCACAGACGAAAACUCUAAUAUACUCAUCUACAUGACCGGCCACGGAGGCGACGAGUUCCUCAAGUUCCAGGAUGCCGAAGAGAUCAGCGCAUUCGACCUUGCAGACGCCUUUGAGCAGAUGUGGGAGAAGAGACGCUAUCACGAAAUCCUCUUCAUGAUCGAUACCUGCCAGGCGAACACCAUGUAUUCGAAAUUCUACUCUCCCAACAUCAUCGCGACUGGCUCCUCGGAAAUCGGCGAGUCUAGUUACUCUCACCACGCGGAUAACGACGUCGGGGUUGCCGUCAUUGACAGGUACACAUACUACAACCUCGACUUCUUGGAGACCCAAGUCCGCGACCCGUCAUCCAAAAAGACUCUUGGUGACCUGUUUGACUCGUACGACGAGAGCAAAAUUCAUUCACAACCUGGCUUCCGCUGGGAUCUCUUCCCCGGGGACGAGGAGGAGGGCCGAAAACGCCUGAUUAUGGACUUUUUCGGAAACGUCCAAGGCGUAGAGGUUGGCGAGCCAGAAGAGAAUUUAGGACGAUGGCCGAAUAGCACAGAGGAAGCGGAGUGGAAAGAAGAUUUGCUGUCACUAGGCAAGAAGAUUAGAGAGUUGGCUGAUGCCCAAGAAGCGGCGGAUAAGUUGAGCCGAGAGGCGGAAACAAGCCGACAGGAGAAGGCUACUGAGGAGCCUACGGCAGCACCGGAGGCGAAGACAGUCCAAAAACCCGGACAGGCGAGGAUACGUGCGGCGAAAGUCUCGGAAGACGAGGGUUGGUGGGGAAAGAAACUCGUUGGUGCGUGGGUACUGGGAGGCCUUGGAAUGGCCUGGGCGGCUGGGAGUUAUAUGGAGGCUCUGUAA